GCCGCGAAGGCUCGAGAGCCAAAAUUGAUUAAAUAAUUUGCCAGUUGCGUUGACUGUAAGUUUCCCGUCUCGAAGUCUGGGAAACUUCUGGUGAUGAUAUAUCGAGCCCUAUCGUGCUAACUAGACAUUCCGUUUGGUUCGGCCAAAACACGUCUUGUUGAUACAAUGAAAGCAUUUUUCUCAGUGUACCUCUCGUGUAGAGAAAUUGCAAUGUAUCUUCUCAACUAAAUCCUCUCCCGCAAUGAUAUCGUCUCGAUCUACACAAGCGAUGCGAGUAGCAAAUAGCGAAACGAAUAUUAUCUUAAGAAUAUGGCAUUUCACACAUGACAUGAAUUACACGCUGUCUUGUCGCUAUAGGGAAGCCGCAACAUUAGGGGACCUGCUGCAGGCACAUUUGAGACCUGCGGUGGUUGGUGAAUGGUGUUGCAGAUAGAUUCCGUGUGGGGCUGGGCGUCACCCCCGCUGCGCCUCCAGCUAGCCGGGGGGACCAGGGGUGCCUCGGGGAGAGCGGCCACGGGCGCCCCAUCCUCGCAGAGGAUGGGUGAAAUAGUCGUGGAACGCGCUCCCUCCCCAGCACGCCUCAGCCAUACCUCGGAGAAGCAUCCGCGCGCGACGCUAACCGAGCUCAAUGUUCUUCGCCGUCAUCGGGAACUGUGCGAUGUCGUUCUCAAUGUCGGAUCCAGAAAAAUAUUUGCGCAUCGCGUCAUCCUCUCAGCAUGUAGCCCAUACUUCAGGGCAAUGUUUACUGGGGAGCUGGCGGAAUCUAGACAGACUGAAGUAACGAUACGCGACAUAGACGAAAUGGCCAUGGAGUUACUCAUAGACUUCUGUUACACUUCUCACAUUAUCGUCGAAGAAGCGAAUGUUCAAACUCUCCUUCCAGCAGCGUGCCUUCUUCAAUUAGCAGAAAUUCAAGAUAUAUGUUGCGAAUUUCUCAAACGCCAAUUAGAUCCAUCAAAUUGCUUGGGUAUCCGGGCGUUCGCGGAUACCCACUCGUGCCGCGAACUUCUGCGUAUUGCCGAUAAAUUUACUCAACACAAUUUCCAAGAGGUGAUGGAGAGCGAAGAAUUUUUGUUGCUACCUGUCGGCCAAUUGGUAGACAUUAUUUCGUCGGAUGAGCUAAACGUACGCACGGAGGAGCAGGUGUUCAGCGCCGUGAUGAACUGGGUGAAAUACAAUGUCACGGAGAGAAGGCAACAUCUGGCACAGGUCCUGCAGCACGUGCGACUGCCGCUACUCAGUCCAAAAUUUUUAGUUGGUACCGUAGGAUCGGAUCUGUUGGUUCGCUCCGACGACGCUUGCCGAGAUCUCGUGGACGAAGCGAAGAAUUACCUACUCUUGCCGCAAGAGAGGCCGUUGAUGCAGGGACCUAGGACGAGGCCCAGGAAACCUACGAGACGGGGAGAGGUGUUGUUCGCUGUUGGUGGGUGGUGUUCCGGCGACGCUAUUGCCAGCGUCGAAAGAUUCGAUCCCAACACUGCCGAUUGGAAAAUGGUCGCGCCGAUGAGCAAACGGCGAUGCGGGGUGGGCGUAGCGGUGUUAAAUGACUUGUUAUACGCGGUCGGCGGACACGAUGGACAAAGCUACUUAAAUAGCAUCGAGCGAUACGAUCCACAAACGAAUCAGUGGUCUUGCGACGUCGCUCCUACCACUUCCUGCCGAACUAGCGUGGGUGUCGCUGUGUUGGAUGGAUUUCUCUACGCAGUUGGUGGCCAGGAUGGAGUGCAAUGCCUUAAUCACGUGGAAAGAUACGAUCCUAAAGAAAACAAAUGGUCUAAAGUGUCGCCGAUGACUACUAGAAGGUUGGGAGUGGCGGUCGCAGUGCUCGGAGGUUAUUUAUAUGCCAUCGGCGGGUCUGAUGGACAAUCACCCCUUAAUACGGUAGAGAGAUACGAUCCAAGGCAAAACAAAUGGUCCCAAGUGUCCCCGAUGUCUACGAGACGUAAACAUCUAGGCUGUGCUGUAUUUAAUAAUGUAAUUUAUGCUGUGGGAGGACGAGACGAUUGUAUGGAGCUCUCCAGUGCGGAGCGUUAUAAUCCUCAUACGAAUUCCUGGAGUCCUAUAGUAGCGAUGACAUCAAGGAGAAGCGGAGUGGGUCUAGCGGUAGUAAAUGGUCAAUUGUAUGCGGUGGGCGGAUUCGACGGAACUGCGUAUCUGAAAACGAUCGAAGUAUACGAUCCGGAGCAGAAUCAAUGGAAGCUAUGUGGUUGUAUGAAUUACAGGAGGCUCGGCGGAGGCGUGGGAGUGAUGCGAGCACCACAAACUGAGAAUUACAUUUGGUAGCUCAGGCCCCCCUCUUCAGCCCAGAUGGCUGAAACUCCUUUAACUCCUCUUACACCGGUAACGCCAGUUACGCCUGUAACACCUCCCGCUCCUGUAUCGGUUCCUGUUAUAACUAGUACUAGAAAACGCUACCGCCGAUCGAUGAGCAUUAUAUAAGUAAUGUAUGCAUUUUUGUAAAAGACUUUGCCUUUCUCUGAAAUUCCACGAGAGCGUCCCGCAUCGAUCUUCGGUAUUUAAUUUAUUAUCAAUUUCGGGAUAUCUCUUCGCUCAAUUCAGCGCACAGAUCACGUUAUGGAAAGAAGAUGCGGAUAUUCUAUCGCUUUUACUGCCGUUGUUUUGUAUUUUUAUUACAUCACAUUAUUUUGUAAGAUUCUUCGUUCGUGUUAUUUAUAUUUUAUUGUGUUACGCAAACUACAAAUUCCAGCUGCUUUAGAUUCAAAUGUAUACGAAGCAUUCUUAAAGAAAUGCUUCAUCACUGUUGUAUACACACAAAGUUUCAAGCAACGUUUUAUUACAUGAGGAAAAGGAAAGGCAAAAUCUCUUCCCCUAACAUUCGCCAGAAACAUAUGUGUUUAAAAAAGACAUUUACAGCUUCCAUUCUUCGGGAAAUGAUCGAAACUAAAGCUUAACUUCUCAGUAGACUUUUAAUUUAAUCGCAAAGGGUCGUUUCUGUGCCCAACAAUUCAAGAAUGUAAUAUAAUACAUAAUGAUUUUUCUCUCUUUCUCUGUAAGGGUAGUCUGCUUUAAGUAUGUAGAUAACUCCUUUUGUUUAUAAGACUGAACUUUCAACCAGAGAAUAUUGAGUCGUGAUAAGUACAGUUUACAUUCUCUUGUAAAGAAAUAUCAAGUUACAUCACACUUUCUAUUAAACUCUGCGAAUAAUUCGUAUAUCCAAUGUAUUUGAUGCAUUUAUUACGUUGUCGAGGAUUUGUGACAAGAUGCAUGCCCAACAAAGAGCAAUAUGUAUAAUACUUGAGAUUAUAAAUUAUUUAAACACGACAUUUGAAAUCGUUUCCUCGCGUUGCUACAACAAGAAGGCGCCAUUUAACCAACAUCAUCUGUUACGUACAUUUAAAUCUCUACAGAGAAGUAACCUUGUCGUACAAAAUGGUGAUAGGGAUCAUUGAUCAAUAAUCUCAUAAUGUAACAUUCGUUCUAAUUGUGUGCUAAAAGUCAGAAUUGGCUAGGGGCAGCCAAUAUUAUAUACUAACAGUAAUAAUUGUGUUUGUGAUUUAUUUCGGUGGAAAUCAAAUAAUACAUAUAAGAAUUAUUGGGAUGAUGUAUAAACGGCAAAAGCGCUUACAGACUGUCGCUGUUACAUGUAUGAGAUUGUUGAAGGCAGCAAAUGCAUGUCUAGCAUAAGGACAUAUUGAUGAUGUAAUGUAAUUCUUUUUAAGCAACCGAUCGCAAAGCUGAUUAUUCCGAUUCUCGAAUGCUACGAAGGCUCAUUCACGCAUUUCUCAAUUAACUGCUGGACUCUUCUGAAUAGUCCAUUCGUAUUUCAGUUGAAAACUCACGACCAUAGAGGAGAAGCCGCCGUUCCGUUAACCAAAUUACACGUUACAAUGGUACAAAUUAUUGUAAUCCGUGAACGAAGUUCAAAUAAGUGUUCAGUACCCAAUCUUGUUUAAUUAAUUCUGACGAAGUUGCAGAUGUACACCAGGAGAAUGUAUUAUUAUUUCCACAAUAUUUUAUAUGCAUAGUAUUAGCGAAUUACUUUUAAACUCGUGUCAAAAGUACGUAAGAGACCGAACCUUGUCUUGUACCGAAUUUUAACGGCACGUUUCCUGAUUACCAUAAACGAGAACUAUUGAAAGUGAUUAUGUUAAUCGAUUAGCGCGCAUAGCAAUCCUGAGUGAGGCACGAAGCGUUAAUGCAAAUACAUUGUUUCAUUUUACUAAACGAGAUCAAAAACUUGUUCUGUACAACUGUUCAGUACAAAGGAAGAGUCAUAGGAUUUCUUUCCUCUUCUUUAUCAAUAAAUUAAAGAAAGUGCGCACUAGAAAUUUGCGCGAACCAUUA